AUGAGUAACACCGAGAAGAAAAGUAAGAUUCCUUCGGCACCAACUUUUGCAACAAGCGGUAACUUGUUAUCCAACGUAGCACCACCUACUCAACUGCCAAAUUUUGUUACUACAACGACCGUCGCGCCUGUUAUCCCAGCUCCCCAAAUAGCAUCUCAUAUUCAACCUAUUCCUUUGGAUCAAUUACCGCCGCAGAUAGUUAAAAAUGAGGAGCCCCAGCCAGUACAACAGACACAUCAUCAAAAUAACCCAUCACCUGAUUCUCCAGAGAAGUUUAGUCCUGCAAUUCCAUUAUCAAAAGGUGAGCCGACACUCCCGAUACGCUCACCUGAAGAUUCAUUGACAACGCUGACACCAGAGUCUAUGACAGAAUCAAUAUCAGAAAUUGAUAAAAUUGGUGAUGUAAUGCCAGGUAGUGGAUUACUAACUUGGAUGAAAGGGGCUGUAUCUAGCGGAGGGUUAUUGCAGAAGGUUGCCGAGAAGGCAAAGAGUUCAGUUGACUCAAUGAUUACUACAUUGGACCCGCAGAUGAAAGAAUAUUUAAGAAGCGGAGGUGACUUAGUUAUAGUGGUGGCAUCUGAUAAAGAAGUGAAAAUAUCACCAAUAAGAGAGGCAUUUCAGACAGUUUUUGGCAAGGCGACUGUAAUUGGCUAUGCAGCCCAGAGUGACGUCACAGCGGCUCAGCCAGUCGGCUACGCGGCCGCAUAUGCAGCCGCCAAGCAACGUAUAGCAUACAUACGAUCACACAGUGACCUCACUAACAACGUGCCAGUUGUAGCAGUCGAAGGAUUCAUACAGGAGCCCAUUGCUGAUAGAUGGUACGAACUAUCUCUGCUAGUACUAUCUCAGCCAUCUCUAGGUGUGGAGCAUCAAGUGUUGUCUCAGAGCACCCCCGUACCUUCAGCGGUGGUGACCGCAGCCCGCGCUUCCACGCAGGAGUACCAACAUGAGCAGACCGGCUUCAGUGUAACCGUUGGAUCUAUUAUGGCUGCUAACUUGAAGGUACCACAUACUCAAUGGCAGGAGGCUGCAACUGGUGUGUCUCGGAGGGAGAUUCUGUUAUUGGCUGCUAAAUCACUCGCCGGGUCAUACAAGAAGUUACUAGCAGUUUCAGCGGCGGAGACUUAA